CGCCUCUCUUUCUCACAUCAAAUGGCGUCUUAAAUCUCAUUCUAAGCGCCGACUCCAAAUAGCACUUAUAUUUGAACAGCUAAGAGUAAUGGUUAUAGAAUAUAUGAUAUAUCUGAUACACGUAAAAGAAAUGGCCAAGUAUGUGAGUUCAAGCUUGAGUUCAGAAGUGGAACUUCUAUUUGUGGAUCUAGACCAGGAUCCUCCCAAGAUGAUAACUCUAGACGACAAAAAUUUACUAGGGAUGCAGCUUAUGUCAAUUCAGAAAUUAUUCUCCUUGUAUUUUCCUCUUGAAGGAGCGAGAAAUGAUCUCUUGCCACCUGACAGGACAGAACUCCAAGCGGAUUCCAAAUCCUUAAGUGAGCCAAUCGAUUCUCAGUCUUCUUUACUUAAGGAUCUUAGUAGCUGCAUGCAUGACACUGAAGUCACCGUGCCUACUAUAAAUGGAUGGCUUCUAGGUUAUCCAGUAGUGUACUUGUUUAGCAAGGACCAUAUUGGAGAUGCUAUAUGUAACCUUUCCACCAAAUUUCUUCGUAUCUACAAAAUUUUGGUAUCAAGGUAAAGUACGUCCAAUAAAGAACCACACCUGGAGGAACUGAUGAGUUUUUCAGUGCCCUAUGAACUGAGCAUGAGAGGGAGCAAUGAGCCAUGGGCGGAGUCAUUUUUGGCUCGGUUGCAGUUGAAAAGGGCAAGAUGCAAACAUACUUGGAGCUCCUUGGAAAUGGAGGGCACCGAAUGCUACCCACAAGCAAUUGCAUUAUAGAAAACG